AUGAACUGUGUCUGUGUGUUUUCUGAUGUAUUAAAACUUCUUUCAAAUUUGCUUUAUGAGUUACACUUGCAUUAUUCAUAUUCUGUGUGUUUUCAAAUCUGCCUGUUGUUGAAUAAAAAAAUGAAAUCAAUCACUUUACUUUACCGCUGCUCUGGCUGUUAUGUUGAAGAAGAACGUCCCAAAUACAAGCCACUGGUCACUCAGCUCGCUGCCCCUAAAAUUCCGGAGGGGGAGAGGGUUGACUUUGAUGAUAUCCAUAGGAAAAGAAUGGAGAAAGAUCUACUGGAGCUGCAGACUCUGAUUGAUGUGCACUUUGAGCAGAGGAAGAAAGAGGAAGAGGAGCUGAUUGGACUCAAAGAAAGGAUUGAAAGCCGCCGGGCAGAGAGAGCAGAGCAGCAGCGUGUGAGAGCUGAGAAAGAGCGGGACAGACAAACACGUAUUGCGGAGGAGAGGCAGAGGAAAGAGGAUGAAGAGGCCAAGAAGAGGGCAGAUGAUGAGGCCAAGAAGAAGAAAGUGCUCUCCAACAUGGGGGCACACUUUGGAGGCUUCCUGGCCAAGGUAGAACAGAGACGAGGUAAAAGGCAAACUGCGAGGGAAAUCAAGAAGAAGACUCUGGCAGAGAGACGCAAGCCACUGGCUAUUGACAACCUGAGAGAGGAUGGUCUGAGAGAGAGAGCCAAGGAGAUGUGGGAAUGUAUCUACCAGCUGGAGUCAGAGAAGUUUGACUUGACUGAGAAGAUGAAAAGGCAGAAGUAUGAGAUCAAUGUCCUCCUGAACAGAAUCCAACAUGCUCAGAAAUUCAAAAAGGGCCAUGGUAAGGGGAAGGUUGGAGGACGGUGGAAGUGAACGCACACGGCAAGAAAAAAAGGAAAAAGAAGACAGGUCACCACUUUGUGGACAAGAUUGCAGCAGUUUUGCAGUAUUCAUCAUUUAAGC